CAGCACGCAGGCCGCUGCACAGCAACCCGGCAACCCCCGUUCCCCAACACAGGCUACAGCUUACCCAGAGCACCCAGAUCCCGUGAAUUACCUAUCGAGAUCUCGGCGAUCCACGCCGCCGCGGCCGGCAUCGGCAUGGCCGUGCCGUCCUCCCCCUUGCCCACCCCGCGCUCCCCACGGCCCGAUGUCACGCUGCCACCCGACGCCUCCGCCGACACCGCGCCGUCCCUCGACUUUGGCGAUCCGGCCUCCCUCGUCGCCCUCCGCGCCCUCACCGACGCCGGCGCCGCCACCCGCCUCCUCCACGAGUGCGUCGCCUACCAGCGCGCCCUCGACGCUCGUCUCGAUGCGCUCCUCGCCCGCCGGCCCGACCUUGACCGCGCUGCCGCGUCCCUCCUCCGCUCCGCCCCGCCGCUCCUCUCGCUCGCGGCGUCCGACGCCGCCGCGCUCAGGGAUUCGUCCUCGUCCACCGCCGCGCUGGCCGACGCGCUCUCUUCCCGCGUGCGGCACCUCGACGCGGCGCACUCGAGGGCGGAGGCCGCACUCGCGCGCGCCGAGGCGGCGCUCGAUAGGUCCCGCGCCCUUGACGCCGCGCGGCGAGCCCUGGCGGCGGAUGAUCUCAAAGCCGCUGCGACCGCGGCGCACGACUUCCUCGCCAUCGACGCACGGUUCCCUACCGAUGACGACCUCCGCCGUGACCUUCUAGACAUCAAGCGCCGGCUGGAGGGGCUCGCGCGCCGAAGGAUGGCUGCUGCCGUCGACGCCCAGGAUCACCCGGCCGUGCUCCGCCUCGUCCGUCUCUUCCCCCUCCUUGCUCUUGCUGAUGAGGGAUUGCAGGUCUAUGUCGCCUACCUCAAGAAGGUCGUUGCCCUCCGCGCCCGUGCGGACUUCGAGCACCUAGCCGAGCUAACCUCUGCAACCCAGCCUACUUCAGAGCGUCCUGAUUUUGUUGGCUGCCUUACCCGUCUCUUCAAGGACAUUGUUCUGGCUGUUGAGGAGAAUGAUGCUGUUCUUCGUGAACUCAGAGGCGAGGAUGGUGUUGCCUAUGCCAUCAUUGAACUGCAGGAGGAGUGUGACUCCCGUGGCACACAGAUACUGCGGCGAUAUGCUGAUUACAGGAAACUUGCACGUCUUGCAUCGGAUAUAAACUCAUAUAUCAAGAACCUCCUCUCUGUGGUGAGUUCAGUGACCAAUGCUGCAGGGGGUAAUGAAGGGCCUGAUCCUAGGGAGGUCGAGCUCUAUCUUGAGGAGAUUUUGUCAUUGACACAGCUUGGUGAAGACUACACUGAAUUUAUGGUGAAUAAGAUUCGUGGAUUGCGAGAUGUCAAACCUGAGCUGGGGCCACAAGCAAUGAAGGCCUUCCGGAAUGGUAGCUUCAAUAAAAUGGUGCAGGACUUAACUGGGUUUUACGUGAUCCUGGAGGAAUUCUUCAUGGUGGAGAAUGUAAGGAAAGCCAUCCGGAUUGAUGAAUCAGUGCCUGAUGGUCUCACAACCUCAAUGGUGGAUGAUGCGUUCUUCAUUCUGCAAAGUUGUUGCCGAAGAGCAGCAUCCACUGGAAGUAUAAACUCAGUUCUUGCUGUUCUUGGUGGUGCGGCGAGCCUACUGAGCAAUGAGUACCAGGAAGCACUGCAGUGGAGGAUGAGGGAGCCAAACUUGGGUGCAAAGCUCUUUCUUGGUGGUGUUGGGGUUCAGAAGACUGGGGAGGAGAUUGCAACUGCGCUGAACAACAUGGAUGUGAGCUCAGAGUAUGUCCUGAAGCUCCGUCAUGAGAUUGAGGAGCUCUGUUCAGAGGCUUUUCAUUCACCUGCUGACCGAGAGAAAAUCAAAUCCUGUUUAUCUGAGCUAGGCGAGAUCAGUGCUUCCUUUAAGAAGAUCCUUCAUUCUGGACUGGAGCAUUUAGUGGCAUCUGUGGCUCCACGUGUUCGUCCUGUUCUGGACACUGUUGCCACUGUCAGUUAUGAGCUGGAUGAUGCCGAAUAUGGAGAAAAUGAGGUGAAUGAUCCAUGGGUGCAGAAGCUUCUCCUUGCAGUUAAUUCUAACGUUGUAUGGCUCCAGCCAGUGAUGACAUCAAACAACUACGAUUCCUUUGUGCACUUAAUCAUUGACUUCAUUGUCAAGAGGCUUGAAGUGAUAAUGAUGCAGAAGAGGUUCAGCCAGCUUGGUGGGCUCCAGCUUGACAAGGAGGUACGCUCCCUAAUCAACCAUUUCUCAGAAAUGUCGCAGCGACCAGUCCGAGACAAGUUCUCAAGACUUUCCCAGAUGUCUACAAUUCUGAAUUUUGAGCGGGUAUCGGAGAUACUGGAUUUCUGGGGUGAUAAUGCCGGGCAUCUGACGUGGCUUCUGACACCAGCAGAGGUGAGGAGGGUUUUAGGGCUUCGGAUUGACUUCAGGCCUGAAGCCAUUGCAGCCUUAAGACUUUAAAUUGUUUUUUCAUAUGUGCUUCUUUAAUUAAGUUUUUUGUAUGUGAUAUAACAAGUUAUGUUUACUCGUUCUCCUGAGCUUGCGCUAUGGGAGCAGUUUUUGUUGUAGAGACAAACUAAUUGUAUUAGCAAAGAAUUUGGAAAUCCAUAUUUUGCUGCUGUAA